GAGUAGUCCACGGCCCCACCAGGCCACCACAGCAUUUGGUCACAUAUAUCCAACUGUUUUACCAAACGACUGCAUACCGAUACCGAAAGAUGAAGAUGGAAGGAUAUAUUUCUUGAGCCGAGAAGAAGAAGAAGAGGAAGAAGAAAUGCUUCCUUUAUCUGUGACAUUUGGGUUUAGGAACUUUUCUUCCCUCCCAGUAAAGUCUGUAGAUAAGGAAUAUGUGGAGGAGAGAUCCCCAGUUGCUGAAACGCCUAAACAAAUCAAAUUUCUAAAGAGUUUGGCACCCCCUUUAAUGGCUGCGCUUGUGGCCUUAUCACCUCUCUGCAAUCCACCAGCAUCACUUGGACAGCUUACAGAUGUUCAAAGAGGAGCGACAUUGUUUCGCCGAGCCUGUAUUGGCUGUCAUGAUGGAGGUGGAAACAUAAUUCAGCCUGGUGCAACACUUUUUUUACAAGACCUUCAAAGAAACGAUGUUGAUAAAGAAGAGGAGUUAUACAAGAUCACAUAUUAUGGAAAAGGAAGAAUGCCAGGAUUUGGUGAGAAUUGCACACCAAGGGGACAGUGUACAUUUGGACCCAGGCUACAAGAUGAAGAGAUUAAGCUUUUGGCUGAGUUUGUGAAAUUACAAGCUGAUCAAGGGUGGCCAAGUAUUGAAAGCUAUGGUGAUUGAUUCCUACAAAGACUGAAAUAUGAAUUUGCUUCUUUUAGUGCCCAGCCACACUUGCAUUAGGGUAUACAUGGUAAUGCUCACGGUUGUUCUUACACCUAGCCAGCAAUUAGUUCAUUUUGGGUCUCUGUCAAUAUUAUGCAACUAAAUGGGUAAACAAGCAGCUAUUGACCUCAAAAUUUUUAGGCCAAUAAUGACCUCUUUUACAA